GGUUGCAUUGCCACUCGGAGGCGCAGAGAUGGUGGACCCAAGGAUUUAAUUAUCCUCCUACCCAGCCAUAUGUAACCAGGCCUCUGGAGAUAUGCAGGGUCCAUCCGAUGUCAUCCCUUUAUUCUCAAUACAGCAGAAUUCCCAACUCCCACCUUGUGUGUGUGGAGAUCAAACCCAACGGGCUGCAUGCAUAGCGGAAGCUUAAUCCAUGGUGAGGAGUAGUAGUGCCCGGGAAGUUUCCAUCAGCAAACAAAACUCUUUAUCUCAAUGCUGCUGCGCCUUUAUCGUUCCAAAACUCUCACUCAGAAAGAAAGUCUUUAUCAUAUAUCUACUCUCUCUUCCUCCUUGUUCCGUUCUUAGAUUGGAUUAUUUACCUUGUAUAGAACCAAGCAGACAGAGUACACUGUCACGAUAGUCUCUGGACCUCGGGUGUCGAUCCUCUGCAGAUUUCCGACUUGCAGCUUGUGUUACUUUGACGAGCACCUUGCAUGGUUGUGUCGGCGUGCGACAAAGAUUCUUUUUACUUCACACAAAACCGCACUAUCCAUUUCCAUCUGUUAUGAAGAUAUUAUCAGUUGCCACUGCGCUGGCCCUCUUUUUUAUCACCCUUGUCACCGCACUCAGCAUUCCGCCUGCGGCCCGAGACGCAUCUCUCUCCGCAGAUUCUUCAUCAUUGUUGGAUCUAGUUAAGCGGCGUGGGGGCGGUGGCGGGGGAGGGCGCAGUGGAGGAGGAAGUGGUGGUCGAAGUGGUAGUGGAGGGAGCAGCAGCAGCAGCAGCAGCAGUGGGCGCACAGGGAAUAGCGGGAGUAGUGGAAGUAGCUCGAGAACUAGCUCUUCAAGCAACGUUGGGGGCACAUCCCGCAGUGGCUCUGGAACCCGGCCGACGUAUGGAGGUGGCUACUACUACGCAGGCGGUGCCACUGCCCCUUAUACAUCAGGGGCAAGAUCGCGUUUGGGGGUAACACCUUAUCUUUUGCCAGCGGCUAUCGUCCCUCUCUACUUCCCGGGCCUUUGGUUGUAUGGGGCAUAUGUCUACCCUUACAGCUAUCACUACCACUAUAUGAACGAUACCUCGCACAAAAACGAGUCCCUACCUGUGAACUGCAUUUGCCAACAGUAUUUGGAAUGUGGGUGUGAUGAGAAUAGUAACGGCACCUACUAUGAAUCUUUAUUCAAUGGAUCUCAGCCCAGGAAUACGAGCGUGGCCAAGGUGGUUGAUGUAAACGGCACGGAAUCAAUUUAUAUCAACGGCACCCUGGCCAACGGGACGACUGCCGCCGAUUCAGCUGCAACUCACUUUGGUGUCCAUGGAUCUGGAUAUUGGAUGAUGGUGGCCGUCGUGGUGGGCAUUGUGUGGACGUAAUUGUCCUACUCUUACUAGAGACGAGCAAGGUGCCACCACCGACCACAUCAUGAACCCUCAUUAUGUAUUCCUUCAGUUCUUCAUUUACUACUAGUUUAAGACGAAUCGGAGGGCGGAAGAUACCCAUGUGCUUGGCGUUGAAGUUAGAAGAACGUCUGUUAAUAUCAUUUUGCCUCAUUCCAUUCCAUUCUAUUUUGAUUUUCUUCUUUGUGUUCGGCUUUGCAGAGCCCAGUCGACUCCACUUGCAACAGAUUAAUUAAUUCAUGUUCCCUUUGAAUCCCCA